AUGGUCAACGUUGCCGUCUUGGGUGGCUCAGGCCAUGUGGGCAAAACCAUCGUAGGCGCUCUCAAAGAGCAUCCCAGUCACACGGUGAUUGUGCUCGGUCGUCAGGCUCCAGCCACGGUUGACCCAGACGCACCCACCGUUCUAGUCCAGUAUGACGACGAGGAAUCAUUGAAAUCAGCCUUGGAGACGCAUGAGAUUGAUACCGUUAUUUCUUGCCUCGGUGUUCACAAUGACGAAUUGGCUGAAGUCGAAGCCGCCGUGAUUCGUGCGUCGGAUCGGUCCAAGCACACCAAGCGCUUCAUUCCCAGUAACUGGAGCAUUCCCAAUGACGACUCGUCCAAGGAACCUCUCAAUCCGUGGGCUGUGUUUCAACGAAAGGCGUUGGACCUUCUCCGAACCACCGGCUUGCAAUGGACUGAGAUUGCGCCUGGCUACUUCCUCGACUACUGGGGAAUGCCUUAUAUCAAAACGCACCUGACUGCAACGGUUCCGGUCAUUGACAUUGCCAACGCUGUUGCUGCCAUUCCGGGUACUGGUGACGAGCCUGUUGCCUUCUCUUAUUCAUUUGACGUCGCAAAGGUCGUUGCGAGGUUACUCGAGAUCCCCGAGUGGCAACGAACAACGUAUAUUGUGGGGGACAAACUUUCCUGGAACGAGCUUCUGGGACUCGCUCAAGAGGCGCGAGGCACUGAGUUCAAAGUCUAUCAUGAUGAUCUGGAAAAGCUCAAAAACGGGCAGAUAACCGAACUACCCUGCCACGUUCCUGCAUAUCCAUUCUUUCCCAAGGAGCACCUCCAGGGACUGUAUGCAAUCUUGGAGAUGCUGAUGGUCUUGGGAGAGUUCAAUUUGCCAUCUGAGAAGGCCAUCAACAAUCAGCUACCGGGUAUUAAAAUGCUGACUGCUAGAGAGAUGCUAAACCAGACCUGGAAAGCACACGGUGGACAGUAG